AUGAAAAGCGCAUUGGAGAAGAGUGAUAAUACUUCCAGUGAGUUCCCAGCUGGAAUGAGGGUUUUAAUUGUCGAUGGGUAUCCGGAAAGUCUCCACCUGUUGGAAACGAUGCUUAAGCAAUGUGAUUACGAAGUUGCCAAAUGCAAUCGAGGGAAGGAUGCGUUGAAUUUGCUUAAAAAUAGCAGAAGCAACGAAUUUGAUAUUAUUUUGACUGAAAGAUGCCUGCCUGACAUGGACGAAAUUACGCUUCUUGGAAAAUUGAGCAAGGCCACUGAUUUGCCAGUCAUAAAGGCUACUCCCAAUAAAAUUUUGAAUAGAAUGAAAGCACAGGGUGUCCAAAAUCUGACUAGAGAACAUGUUUCUAGCUAUCUGCAGAAAUACCGUAAAAAACGGCCGAGCGGGAAUGACGAAGUGCUGAACACCAAGCAGCUUGAAUUAUCUAACAUUGGAACUCAAGCCGUUGGGAAUGUAGCGUUCCGUGACAGGUCAAGUAUUACUGAUGGUAGUACUAGUUAUGGAAACCGAAGUGACACUUUUAUGGCAGAGAAUGUAGCUGCCAUGGGAGGCAAAGGCCCAACUUAUUUUCCUGCGUUAGAGUUGUCUAACCAUGAUAAUUUUCUUGGGGACAAUCCUGGAGAUUCUGCUGGUAUCAACUUGGAUCAGUUGGAUGAUAUUCUUGUUGAUUAUGAUGCUAAUAUAUAA